AUGAGACCAGUUGUUGUUCCAGGAGUAAAAGGAGUUAAAGGAUUUGAACAUGAAAAAGCUACUGAAAUGCAUUUCUUUGUACCAGGAAAUAUGGUUUCAUGUCUUGAUUUUGUAGAAUCAGUUUUUGGAAAUGCUGGUAAUCCUAGAUUAUCUAAAAAUGAUGCAGCACUUGAUCCACUUGGAUGGACUGGACAUAGUGGAAUGGCUAUUCUUGCACCACAUCUUACUCGUAUGACAAAAAAAGAAUGUGGACUUCCACAUAUUAGUCAAGCAACAGAAAGACAAAAAAAAGAAAGAAUGUGUUGGGAAAAAGAAGAUGAAUUAUAUAAUGAUGGAAAAACAUUUAAAAUGUAUUGUAGAGAUGCAUCAGGAAUUAUUUGUACUAUUAUUGCAGAUAAUUAUUUUGGAUAUUGUAAGAAAGAAGUUAAAACACAAAUUUCAUAUUCAGCUAAUUUAUAUGGAUUUGCAGAAGAAGAACAUGCAGGAGGAGCUAUUGCCAGACCAUCAUAUGAUCUUGGAGAGUCAUGUGAUGCUAGUAAAUAUGCUGAAGGAUAUAAAUUUAGUGAAAUGAUUGAAAAGAAUAAACAAUCAAUAAUUGUUAAAGAAGAAGGAUAUGCUAUAGAUAAAAAAUAUCCAGAAGGAAUUAUUUAUGUUCCAGAAGAUUCAAUAUUUACUAUUGAAGAUGCAUCAGUUAAAUUUAAUCAUAAUGGAAAAGAAGAAAGUAUUCUUUUAAUACCAAAAGUAAAUUAUGUUUUACCAAAUGGUUAUACUAUUAUUUUACAUGAUACAAUGACAUCAAGAAGAUGGACAUUAAGAGGAAUUCUUCCACAAUAUACUCUUUGUCAUAAACCAUGUACUGUUUCAGGAGGAGGAAAAUCAGAAAUUUCAAAGAGUAUUCGAGAUGCUGUUAUUGAAGGAAGUGUCUUUGUUAACAAUAAAGAAGAAGAUUUUAAAGCAGUUCAAGAAAUCUUUGACCAUGACUUCUCUAAAAGAUAUGCAAAUGGAGAAGUUAAGCCAAUUCGUAUCCUUGAUCCAAAUGUUACUCUUGGAACAGUUGUUGAAUUAUUAACACCAUCACGUCUAUUUACAAAAGAACAUAAUGAUUAUAUUUCAUCUAUUUCACCAUUAAUUGUAGAAUUAGUUAUGACUAUUAAAUCUCUUUAUAGAGAAGAUUGGAAAGGAGAUUGGCAAUCAAGAAUUACUGUAGAUAAAAUUAAUGGAAAUCAAGGUAAUGAAUUAAAAUACAGAGGAGCUAAUCUUUGUUCACAAUAUCUUAGAGUUGGAUUUGAACGUGAUGAAACUACAUGGAGAGUUUUCCAAUUAAGAAAAGAUUUCUUCCCAGCUGCUAAAUUACAAAUGGAAGAUGAUAUUACAGCAUCAGUUAUUGUUCCAACUAAAUUACUCAAAACACCAAUUAAUAAUAUGCAAAAGAAAGCAUGUAAAAUUGUUAAUAAUUGUGAAUUAAGAUUAUUCCAAAGACCAGAUGAUGCCGUUUUUAGAGGAUUUGAUAAACAAACUGAAUAUGAUUUUUCAAUUCCAGGACAUUUUAUUUCUAAUUAUCAACCAAUGACUAGAGAAGAAGCUAAAGACUUUACUAAAGAUGUUGUAAGAUUAUAUCAAUAUACUGAACCAAUGAGAAAAUGUUUACAAGAUUUUGUUGCAGGUAAAGAUGAAGCUAAAUAUAUUGUUUCAUCAUCUUACACUAGAUUAGUUCAAGAAGGUGACAAACUUGUUGGAUCAAAGAAUCCAAGAUAUUUACAAAGAAGACCAGAUAUGUUAGAUCCAGAGAAUACAUAUAUGACAUUUAAAGCUAUUCAAUUAUUUAGAAAAAUUAGUGAUGAAGAACCAUUAUAUACUCCAGUAGAUGCAGUUCUUUCAGGAAGAAGAAAUAAUCCACCACAAGUAGCUAAAAAUGGUAUGAAAUUAAGACCAUUAUCAGUUUUUGCACCAUUACAUUAUUUUGAAUUACCAGAAUUAUUAAUGGAAUGUAUUACUUCAAUGACAGGUGCAUCACCAUCAAUGUUUGGAGCAGGAUCUGAAGGAGCAUUAACUAAAGGACCAUUUAAUUCACUUCCAGCAGUAGUUGAUUUAAAUAAUUAUCUUCUUGGAAUGAUUUGUUCUAUUUAUGCAGACUCAUAUGAAUAUAUGUCACAAACUGAUAAAGGAGUUGCUAUGAAUUAUAUUAAAGAUGGAACAGUUGAAGGAGCAUGUCCACCAUUAAAAGCACUUAUUUAUAUUAUGGCAAAUGGUGAAUAUAAUGGAAUGACACGUGAAUCAAAAGAAUUUAGAGAUAUGUUUGACCCAGAAGUUGUUCUAAAUAGUGAAUGGUAUAAAGAAAGAUUAAUUACAAGACAAAAACUUGAAAUUAAUAAAUUAAAUAAAGAUUUAGCUUAUUUGAAUAAGACAAUUGCUGAAAAACCAAGAUUAGCUGAAACUCUUAAUAAACAAAUUACCGCUGUUAAAGAAGAACUUCAAUAUGUUUCAAGUGAAGAAUAUCUUAUUGAUAUUGAUGGAUCUAUUGGAACUGAUCCAUAUCCAUACAAAUGCAUGAAACAUUAA